AUGCUGGGAGCAGAGGUGGAGCUGCAGCAGGUGGACAGUAGUGUGUUUGCUCUGGAGAACGUCUUGAAGAGCUGGCUCCAUGAGCAGGGAGGAGACCGGGAGCACCUGCACCUGCUGCUGCCCAGUAUGGGGGACACACCAGUGUGUAUAAAGUGCGACAUCCAGGAACGCCUCAUAAGCCCUGCCCUCAUCCCCUUGAGCCCAAACCUGGGGGCCAAGACAGAGAGCCCCCGUGACUUCCUCCUCAGCAAGAACUCAGCCACUCAGAGCCCCCUGCCGCAGAGACUCAAGGCCAUCAAGGUGCUGUGUGCUGACGGCGUGUGUGAGAGCCUAAUGUACGGCCUGCCCCUCCUGCUGCGCCCCUCCUGCUGCUGGAGCCUGGACUGGGAUGACAUGGAGUCCAACCAUAAAAUAUUCCAUGGCCUGUGCCACAUACUGCGGGUUAGAUUCACAGUCAUACGUGAACCUGUCUCGGCUGAGAUGGUUGACUUGACUGAGGCGUUGGUGGAUAUGGUGAUUGAGGAUUCCCAGCCCUUUUCCAUUGUGGAGGGAACUGGCUUCCGAAAGCUUGUGAAAGCUUUGGCACCAUCUUGUGUUCUUCCCACGCGGCAGACUUUGAAAGCCAUGGUGGAGAAGAGAUACAGGGAAGCCAAAGACAAGGCCAAAGUGAGCCGGAGCCUGUUCCUCCUGCUGCAGAGUGAGCCCACCCAUAAGACUGCAUCCAGAGCAGCAGGUGUCUUCUCUCACUACAUGCUGCAGGCUUCACCGUCUUUGUCUCUGCUGCUUAAGCCAGUGGUCUCCAGAGAGCUGCUAUUGCCCUGCUCCGUGCCCCCCUGCACCCAGGAGCCCUGCCCCGAAGCAACCAGUACUGUGCAGGCCAGUCUGCAGCAGCUGGAUGAGGAGUCUGUGUUCAACCCUCUGCUCCUCAACAGUAACCUCUAUGUGCAGCUUCGGAGCCAUGGCCUGCUGUUCCAUGGCAGAUACACAUACAAGUACUAA